CAGACGAAUAAUGGUACUCAGAUCUGAUGUUCAACCAUUUGAUAUGGAAGCAAAAAUCUCCAAUCACAGUGGAGAGAAGCCAUAUAUUUGUUCAGCUUGUGGACGAGGUUUCAGCAGAUCAUCUGGCCUGGCAAAACACAAGCGCAGUCACAGCACCGAGAAACCAUGGAAAUGUGGGGAUUGUGGAAAGGGAUUCAAUUACCCAUCCCUGCUGGAAAAUCACCGGCGCUCUCAUACCGGGGAGAGACCAUUCACCUGCUCAUUGUGUGGGAAGAGAUUCUCUCACCCAUCAGCUCUACGAACGCACCAGCACGUUCACACUGACAAGAGGGAGUUUAAAUGCUCUGAUUGUGAGAAAGGCUUUAAAAGUUCAGUGGCACUGAUGGAGCAUCAGCACAUUCACUCCGGUUAUACACCGUUCAGGUGCUCGCAAUGCGGAAAGGAGUUCAGGAGAUCAUCUAACCUGGUGACGCACCAACGGGUUCACAGUGAGAAGAGGCCGUUCACCUGUUCCGAAUGUGGGAAGGGAUUCAAUAAUUCAUCCAACCUGAGCAGGCAUCGGCGAGUUCAUACUGAUGAGAGGCCUUUUAAAUGCCCCGACUGCAAAAGGUGUUAUAAAAGUGCCGGGGAGCUGAUGCUCCAUCAACGUAUUCACACUGACGAGAGACCGUUCAGGUGCUCUCACUGUGGAACGGGUUUUAGACGAUCCACUGAGCUCAUCAUACACCUGCGCAUUCACACUGGGGAGAGGCCAUUCAUCUGCUCCAUUUGUGCGAAAGGAUUCACUCGUUCUGAUGCCUUGCUAACACAUCAACGAGUGCACACCAAUAAGAGACCUUUUAAAUGUCCUCGCUGUGAGAAAAACUUUAAAAGCAAACCGGCACUGCUAAGACACCAACGCACUCACACUGGGGAGAGGCCGUUCAUCUGUCUCCCGUGUGGAAAGGGAUUCACUCAGUCAUCCAACCUUUUAGCACACCAGCAACUUCACAGGUAACUCCGCACAUUACAUCAACAGCUGAAUCAAAUCAGUGAUUGAAUGUCUUCAUGCUGAUAUCCGGUGUUUCUUCCGAUAAUGAA